GUGAAAUUCCCCAAAACGGCUGGGUUCGGAAAUCCCGGACUUAAAGAGUUUCCAUGGGAGGUCAACUACGCCUUAUCCAGAUAUUAAAAACACCGACCAUCGCCAUGCAACACCCUCUUCGGGAUCCCGUCUAAGGUGGGACUACUGGAAUCAAAAGUCGGAGAUAUGGUGGAAUAUAAUUGUCGCAAUGCGCGCUGGCUGGCGUUCGUGCGAGCACUCUUUCUUUCCCAUCCAGCCAGACCCGGUCACCAGCGCCAGAACCGACCACGCUUCGCACGCUUCUUUGCACCAACAUAAAUUCGACAGUCCUAGGAACACUUUCGUCUUCGAAGUCUAAUAGCUACUCCCUUAGACCAACAUUUCGAAACUUUCUUCGAUAUGCCAGGCUACGCGCAGUUUCUCCGAGGCCAGAUCCAGACACCACCGAUGCCUCGAGUUGACUUGACCGGUCGUACGAUUUUGAUCACAGGCGCAAACUCGGGGCUCGGUCUUGACGCUGCCAGACUCUUGCUACAACUCAACUGCAGCACCAUCGUACUCGUCUGCCGGACGAUAGCCAAAGGAGAGCAGGCCAAAAAGGCCGUUCAAUCGGUAUGGAGCUCAGGCGGCCAGAAGCCACAAAUCAUUCUUCUCGAACUCGACUUGGGUUCUUUCUCGAGCGUGGCCGCUUUUGCCGAACGAUGCAAGGAUCUUCCACGACUGGAUGCAGCUAUCCUCAAUGCCGGUGUCGAACCCUCCGAGUUCUCCCUGGCCGAGGGAUACGAAUCUACCAUCACAGUCAAUGUCAUUUCCACAUUCCUCCUCGCGACACUGCUUGUUCCAGUCCUCCGGCAGUCAGCGACAAAGUACAACAUCACGCCCACCAUCGCCAUCACAGGAUCCGCGGUCCACUUCUGGGCCAACGACAAAGACCUGACAACUCCGCCUGACGGCCAAAUCCUCAAGACCCUCUCCGACCCCAAGAAGACGGACAUGAAAGUGCGAUAUUUUCUCAGCAAACUUCCAGUCAUGCUGCUUGUCAAAUAUUUCGCAAACAUGUUGACUGCUUCCGCCGAACGAGACCCUACCGGCAAGCCAUUGGUGAUCAUCAACAAUGUUGCACCGGGAUUCUGCUAUACCAACCUCUUCCGCGAUCAUGGCGCUGCAUACCACUUGUUGGUCAGGUCAGUUGCUCGUUCCAGUGAGCAUGGAGCCAGGACAUUGGUCCAUGGAGCAACAGCAGGAAAAGAAACACACGGACAGUAUCUGAGUGAAUGCCGGGUCAAGCCGUAUAGUCCGUUUGUCAAGAGCCAAGAAGGGGACAAGACAGCUCAGAGGCUGUGGAAUGAAUUGUCUGCGAUCUAUGAGGGUGUCAAGCCUGGUUGCACGAAGGAGUUGUGACCGUCUAUGGAAGCUGGCGUCGGGGCGGGAUGGGAUAGUUUUAGUUGGAAAGAAUGUAAUAAUCGAUUUCAAAUACCC